AUGUUCCUGGAGAAAUCUCUUCGCAACGAACCACGGGGACCUCGCAUUGCGGCCGGGGACUCCAACUUUGUCGUGGCGCACUACACUGGCAAGGUCACGUACGACGUCCGCGCCAUGGCCGCCAAGAACAGGGACUUCCUGCCGCCGGAGAUGAUCGAGACGAUGCGCCUGUCCAACGACGCCAACAUCAAGCUCAUGUUCACAAACCAGCUGUCCAAGUCAGGCAACCUGACGGCGCCGUCACCGCCCGGAGGCGUGUCACGGCCGACCAAGGAGGGCCCCAAGAAGACCCGGUGGGGUGCCGCGCUCAUAGCCGAGACCGGCAAGUGCAGGCACUACAACACCGAGUCCCGCGGGCAGUACUCGCAGACCCGCCGGAUGCGCACGGCCGCCGCCACGUUCCGCGGCUCGUGCCUCGAGGUGCUGCGCGCGCUCGCCUUCGGCCCCGGCUGCGGCGGCACGCACUUCGUGCGCUGCGUGCGCGCCAACGCCAACAACCAGCCGCGCGUCUUCCAGCAGGACCUGGUGCGCUCCCAGCUGCGCGCCCUCGCCGUCCUGGACACGGCGCGCGCCCGCCAGAAGGGCUACUCCACGCGCGUGCCCUUCGAGGAGUUCCUCCGGAGAUAUCAGUUCCUGGCGUUCGACUUUGACGAGUCUGUCGAGAUAACCAAGGACAACUGCCGCCUGCUCCUCAUCCGACUCAAGAUGGAGGGCUGGGUGUUGGGCAAGACCAAGGUGUUCCUGAAGUACUACCACGAGGAGUACCUGUCCAGACUUUACGAGCAGCAGGUCAAGAAGAUCGUCAAGGUGCAGUGUAUGAUGCGCGCCUUCCUCGCCAAGCGCAACAUGCAGACCAAGCUCAAGAGGCUCAAGAGCCAGGAUUCCGUGACCAAUAGAGGGGACGCCAAGAAGCUCGGCGCCAAGGCCGGCAGGGCCUCGGGCAAGCAGCAGCGCGCCGACCCAAAGGACCCCGCGCAGAACGAGGCCGCCACCGUCAUCCAGCGGAACUUUCGCGGAUACAAAGUACGGAAGGAAUACGGCCCACUUGUCAGUGCGGGUGGUAAACUGGACGUGGAGACGGCCCACUUUAUACGGCACUACUGCCACAAGUGGAAGGCAAAGUCCAUGUACCAGGUGCUGCUGCUCUACCGCGCCAAGCGCUAUCAGGACUUUGUCUACUUCGGCCAGCAGGUCCACAUGUACAACCAGAGCAUGGUGUGGAACUCGAAGACCAACCGUGAGCCGGUGGAUCCCUCCAGUCUCGAGUCCAGAGCCCCCCCGGACUUCCUGGAGGCUGGCGCCGACCAUAAGCCCAACGUGUUUAAGCUCCCCUUCCGCCUGCAGGAUCCCUUACUGCUCGGGGUGUUUAGCAAAGUGGACCCCCUCUGCCCGGACCGGCGCGCGUCCCUGCAAGAGGACGAGCCCUGGGACGCGCCCUUCAGGCCGAAGCAGGUGGCCGGGAUGAAGGGCUCCACGUCGAUGAUCAUCGGCCCGUACGGCAAGCGAGACCAGGAGGUGCAGACGUCCCUCGUCGACAUCCGGGGAGCCGCCAGGGACGACGACCGGCGACCCUCGGUCCAGUUCAGGAACGGGCCCGCUGCGCCAGCCUUCCAGGUGCGCCUGAGACGGCGUCUCGUCUGCGGGGGCCGACCGGCCGUGGGGCCCCCCGGCGGCAGGCGCCCCUUCAACCCGGUCGCCGAGCUGGAGCUGCGCGGCCACAAGACGCCCCGUCACCAGGAGGACUCGGACGACCCGCCCUUCAACUUCCAGGCCAUGCUACGCAAGACGAACCACGGCCGGGCGUCGCUCAAGCGACGCGGCUCCGGGGAGGACUACGUGUACAACUCGUCCUCGUCCGGCGGCGGGGGCCUCAGCGCCGGCUAUGGCUCCGGGUACAGCAACGGGUCCGGGCGCGGCGGCGGUGGGUCCGGCGGCCACGGCGGCCAGUUCAGCACGUCGCCGACGUCACCCUCGCCCUCCGGACGGCGCAGCCGCUCGCCGCGCCCCGACUCGCCCACGCGUCGGCCCCGCGACAUCCCCAGCUCCGUCAGGCGACGCCCCGGCUCGCUUGUUAGCGCGGAGCUGGCGCCCGGCAUUGUGGUGUACGGUCACGUGGCUGACUUGUAACCAGCAAGACCGCCGCCGUACCGCGCUGGAUGGGGAGGGGGUGGGGGGGAGGGGGACCUCGUUAAAGUGGUGGCUGCCCGCCGUGUGUUUACACGCACACACACACACACUCACACUCGCGCAGAAACUCCUAGUCACGCGGCGGAGGGUCGGGCAGAGGCUGCUGGCCGAGCCUCUCCCUGCGCGGCCCGCGCACGCCACCAGGCGUGUCUGCGCGCUGUCGUUUAUAAGUGUUUUUCAGCUAACGGAGGAAAAAGAAGAAGCGGGUAGAACCUAAAAGUUCCUGAUUGGUCGAGCCUUUACCCCCUCUACCGGCAUCACGCAGAGGCGGGAAUCUGUCGACCAAUCAGGAACGUCUGUGUUCUACCCGCCUCUUCUUCUUCCGUUAGCCGAAAUACACUAUUGUGGCGUCGUCGAACCGACUGAUGAGAUGAGGGGCGGAGGCGUUCAACAAUACCAUGUAUACAUUUUGUGCAUAUAUACGAAGAGGAUAAAGCUAUAUUGUGUACUCAUUUAGCUUUACUGUUAUUAUUUUAUUAACAAUUACUGUAUAGCAAGUAAGCAACCUCUAGACUGUUUUUCUCUUGCCCCCAUCUUUUCGAGGGUCAUUUUGAAACAUUGUUACAAAUAUUUAUAAUGACGCGUCCCCGAGUCGACCUCACCGCAACUACUUCAUGUUAUGUCAUAGUGUGUAAAGUCGUUCUCGGUCGGACCCUUGGCUGCUAUUGUGCCAAGUGAUUCGUCCACAUUGUAUACUAUACUUUAUCGAUUUCUUUUGGUUUUUCUUGCACGUUCUCUUUUAAUACAGUUUUAGUCCUUUUAA